GGGUCCCUAGCCCUACAACGAGUAGACACAAGCCCAUGAGUUCCCAGAAAGCGCCCAUGCGGUGCAGCCGGAGCAGAAGGCAGGUCCAAAUAUUUCAACAAGUAUUUAGAAAUCCGUGAUUCCUCUCUGAUUUCGCCCGCAGUUGCGCAUUUCAGAGGGGAGCCGUAGCGGAUGCCCCUAGCAGCAGCACUCCACGCAUAAUUUAUUUAUUCAUUCAUUUCCUAUCACCAGUGACUGCUGCCAACUGGAUGCGUCUGAGUGGUUGAGGGAUAGAUAGCUCUUUGUUUUCGUCCCCCGCCGCCCUCUACUUGCUCCAGAACUUCUAACCAAGCUGACUAAGGAUGGACGGGAACCGAACCAUCGACCCAAGCUGCAGUGAAAAACCUCCCGUGGCCAUCGACAUCAUUCUCAAGUUGGACAUCUUUGGUAUCAUCCUGUACUCAGUGCUGACCUUCAUGGCAGCGGUGUCCAUGCUGGUCUACAUAGAGGAGUGUUGGUACAUCUACCGGAAGGUUCCCUCCCACAAGAAGAGCGCCAUCAUCUGGGUCAACGGGGCAGCGCCGGUGAUCGCCACCAUGUCCUGUCUGGGGAUGUGGAUUCCCCGAGCCACCAUGUUUACUGACAUGACCUCCGCCUGCUACUUUGCGAUCGUCGUGUUUAAGUUCCUGGUGUUAAUGAUCGAGGAGGUGGGGGGUGACGAGGCGUUUCUACGGCGAGCAGGGAGGAACAAACUGAAGAUCAGUACUGGUCCCUGCUGCUGCUGCUGCCUCUGUCUACCCCAUGUUAACAUCACACGACGGAGUUUGUUCCUGCUGAAGUUGGGGUCAUUCCAGUUCGCCCUGAUGAAGGUUGUCUUCACCAUUCUGUCAAUCAUCCUCUGGACCAAUGGCAACUUCAACGUUACAGAUACGGCGGUAACGGGAGCGUCUAUCUGGAUCUCCCUGGGAGUGGGGGUCCUGACCAUCAUAGCACUGUGGCCUGUAGCCAUCAUGUUCAUGCAUCUCAGGACCGUGCUGCGCAGCCUCAAGAUCAUUCCCAAAUACGCCAUGUACCAGGUGAGAUUACACACACAAGCACACGCUAUGUAAGUGAGCCAAUCAGAG